AUGCUAAGAGAAACUAGAUUGAUUUGCUCAAUGUUGCAUUCUUCUGAAAUGAUGGAAGAAUUGGUACUAGAGAGAGACUCUACUGAAGAGAAUAAUGACAUAAUUGAUGAAUCAAGAAGUUCUGGGUCAGUACCAGAUACAAUACCCAAAGCUUUGAAAAAGAAGCUAGAGUCCAAACAUGACCUUGAAUUGACUGACACCAAAAGCCUUGUGAUGACAUCUUCUUCAAAAAAUUAUUCAAUGAUCUUAAGGCAACUAAAUCAACCAAGACUUUCCAGUCAUUUCUGUGAGACAACCUUGCUGAGAGAGGGAGAAGGAUGCAGAGUUCCAAAUUCUGCUCUGUCUGCUAGUAGUGAGUGCUUCCAGGACCAUUUCAUCAUAAAAGGAGCUGUUUUCAGUCAGGAGGCAGUGGUGGAUCUUUCAAAUCAAGGAUUACAGAAAUUGGGUCAAAAUUUGCCUUGCAAAGCUGAUGUCCUUACUUUAAUUCUUGAUAAAAAUCAGAUUAUCAAAUUGGAAAAUCUUGAGAAAUUCAGAAGAUUAUUACAGUUAUCAGUAGCUAAUAACCGUCUAGUUCGGAUGAUGGGUGUGGCCACACUAACUCAGCUCCGGGUGCUGAAUUUGCCUCAAAACAGCAUUGGCUGUGUGGAAGGGCUACAGGAACUAGUCUGCUUGGAAUGGCUCAAUUUGGCAGGAAAUAAUCUCAAGGCCACAGACCAAAUCGGUAACUGCACAACACUGCAACACCUUGAUUUAUCAGACAAUAACAUUUCUCAAAUAGGUGAUCUUUCUAAAUUGGUAUCCCUGAAGACUUUGCUUCUACAAGGAAACAUCAUAACUUCGCUUAGAGCAGCACCUGUUUAUCUACCCCACUCAUUGACUGUGCUUUCUUUAGCAGAAAAUGAAAUCUGUGACCUAAAUGAGAUCUCUUUCUUGUCAUCCCUUUCUGAGAUGGAACAGUUAUCAAUAAUGAACAAUCCUUGUGUAAUGGCUAUGCCGUCCGUUCCAGGAUUUGAUUAUCGGCCAUAUGUUGUUAGCUGGUGCCUGAAUCUCAAAACCCUGGAUGGUUAUAUGAUUUCUCAGAAAGAAAGUUUAAAAGCUGAAUGGCUUUCUAGCCAAGGCAAAGGACAUUCUUAUCAGCCUGGCCAACAUAUUCAGUUGAUCCAGUAUCUGGCUUCCACUUGCCCUCUUACUUCUGCAGUGGGCCUUCAAAUUACAGAAGAUGCUAAACUGGAGAAGAUAUUGAACAAGCAAAGGUUCCACCAGAGGCAGUUGGUGAGCCAAAAUUCAAAGGAAGAAGUCCUUGCCUCCUCCGGUCCCAAAGAGUUAGGGUUACCUCUUGUACCUGAGGAUUUGAGUCCAGCACUUGAACCCCAUAUACUUGUUGAAAAUGAACCUGACAUUCAAAUAAAUUCUUGGAUUGGAGAAAGCAUCACUGUUGAUCAUUCAUAUGCUAUUAAGAAUACCUUUCUUGGCUCAAUACAAACUGAAAAAUAUUCUCUUCAUGAGAUAUUCUUGGAAGAUAUACAGACAGAUGAAGAUAAGCUGAACUGUAGUCUUCUGUCCUCAGAGUCCACUUUUAUGCCUGUGGCCUCGGGGUUUUCUCCAGCAUCUCCUACCAUUGAACUAAUACCACAUGGAUUUAACUUGGACCUAAAAGAUGAUGGUGCUGUGAUUGAAUUUGUGAAUGAAAGGAAAGGAUGCUCUGUGGGUAAUGAUGAAGAAGAGACUUGGUGGGCUAUAGAGGAAACUUCAACUGAGGCACAGAAAAAUUGUGGUUCAGCAGAUAUUAGUUACUAUGAUAUUUCCUCUUUAAAAAGAGAAGGAUACAGUGUGUCCAGCCCAGAACUGAGUAAUAAUGAAAUGCUAUCUAAAACCGUUUCAGAAAAAUUCUCCUGCAGAAUUUUAUCUGAGUUAGCUAUGGCUUUGGACCAAGAGACUGAGGCGCUUCAGAAAAUGAAUGAAGCAGCCACCAAACUCCAGGCCUGCUGGAGAGGAUUCUUCACAAGAAACCAUAUCCUCCAAGCAAAAGAAGCACAAUAUGAAAUUCGGCUGAGCAGAAUGCAAGAGCACAUUGUCUGCUUAACUGAUGAGAUACGGAGAUUGAAAAAAGAAAGAGAUGAAGAAUACAAGCAGAAGCUUGUGCAGCAAGAGACUAUCAAAUUCCUUUGGAAUCAGAUAAGAUCCCUACAAAACUGGCAACUUUCCGUGAACGAAUACCUCAGUUCUGACUGGCAAUAUCAUGUUCCUGUAUCAAAUGCUGUUCCAUUCAAGCCUCCAUUAGCCACCCCAAAUCCAGAGGCCUCUUCUGCUGAUCAUUCUGACUGGUUCAUUUCAGACGCCAAAGGUCCCCCCGAGGAAGCCUUCCUGCCCUUUCUAGAUUCUGAUUUUCUUUCCUCCCUUACAGAUCCCUUUCAGGUUUCUCAUGAUUUUGAAAUAAAUUCUACAGAAGAAAAUAAGAAUGCUGCAGUAGAUAGUUUCAUAGAAAAGGUUAGAUUUUAUAAGAAUCCAGAUCCAGAGGAUACUUGUGACAAGCAGGGUGAAUGGAGUAAAGAUAGCUCUAACAGUGAACCUGACAGAAAUCUCUUACUGGAGUAUUUAAUGUCAGUUCAGCAGCUUGAUGAUGCUUCUGAAAUGAUAAGUACCAGUAAUGAAAGGGAAGCUAGUCAGCUUCAUACAGCUUUGCCUCUGGAAAACCCCAAUUCUUUAACAAAUGUUGCUGCUAUAGAUGCAUACCACGACACAGUCACCACCUUGCAAGACGAAAUCAUUUAG